AUGGUCGUACUUGUGAACCCAGGCUCCGUCGAUGAUACACCACCUCCACCGAACCAUAAUCCCCUCCCUAUCCAGCCAUCGACACCAAGCUCUAUUCCCUUUGCCCCCGAUUACUCUCUUUCAUCAAUUUCUCCCAAACAAAACCCUAACAUUUUGACAACCAAAUCUCCUGUCAAAUUGAUUCUGCUAAUCUCUACAGGAUUAUGCACUAACCGUCUCUAUAAAUACGCCCUCCGAUUGGAUCGUAAGUCUCUUGCUCGGUUCAAAUGCGUGAACAGAUCAUUCCGAUCGCAAAUAUCCAACCCAGAAUUCGGCAUCGAAUACUUUUCCCGGUUAACCCCCGGUUUCAUCCAAUCCUCCAUCCUCUGCUCCAAGACACUCCGGUACGUCCCCUUCGUCUCCGACCAGACCAAAACCCAAGCCGAAUCUACUCGUCUGCUGCAUGACUGUGGCGUUCUCGGAUCAGAUUCAGGUCUUGUUCUCCUCUUCCUCGGUGAACUCUGCGUCCUCAAUCCAAUCACCAAAAAGCUUCGGUUUGUUGGGAAAGAAUCCAAAGAAUUUAUGAAAAAUAUAUACCUGAUGUGCGAGUUGGAAUUGAUGUCGAUCGGUUUCUCGGUCGAGAAAAUCGAUCAAACCACUCAGAGAUUCGGAAUCGUGUGUAUCACUGAGGUUCUGCGCAGGCAACGUCGCGGAAAUUCGUAUUACCGGUUCGAGAUCUACGACAGCGAUGACCAUUCGUGGAGAGUGACGGAAACAAUGGUUUCUUGUCCCAGAAGAGAGCUCCUGACGUGCGUGAAACCGGUUUACUUUAACCGGGUUUUUCAUUGGCUGAGAUCUGACGGGAAGAUCGUUACUUUCAACCCCGAAACAGACGAAACCCGUAUCGUUCCGACCACAAUCCAAUCCCUGGGAAAUUGUUGCAGGACAUGGUUCGGGCUGGUUGAUGGAAACCUAACCCUAAUCAGAAUGUCAGAUGGCGAGAACAGUGAGAGGGUAGUUUCGGUCUACAUCCUAAGAGAUGGCCCGAUUUCCGAGUGGGUCCUCGACAAACAGAUCAACACUAUAGAGAGGGAAAGGUGGGUGCUGUGGGAAAUCGCGACGUAUAACGGGAGGUUACUUGUGAUGAAAGAAAAGAAUUACAGAACCAACAGAGAUCAGCUUCUUGUGUACGACGUCGGAGCAAACGAGUGGAGGUUUCUCGGAACUGCUUCCAAGUGUAUGGACUACCACAGCGUUUUUUUCGACUUUCAGCCAUCGUGGUUCGACGUGAAAGGGCUCGAGUCUUUUCCGUCGAUGGCCAAUAUUAAGGAGCGUGGUAUCGAGGAGCGUAUCUAUGAGAAGAAAUUGCUUAGCCUUGGCUUAUUCAUGGAAAUGAUCGACACCCGUUCAGGACCAAUCUAG